GUCGCUGCUGCCAAAAAAGAGACACUUUUAUUUUGCUCGGGAGUUUGAGAGAGACUAGGGUUUAAGCAAUUGAUCCCUGUUGGCGUUGAUCUUUCUCCUGGGUUCCGAAUCUUUGACACAAAAAUUUAAGAUGGUUGGAGGAUUUGCUCUAUGUGUUUCAUGUGGUGCCACUGCCACAGCAUGUCAUCUCUGGGGCCAUAGAAUUAAAGGGUUUAGUGUCAUUCCUAAUUCUUUUGCAUAUUUGAAUGUUUUUAUCAAUCAAUCAAAAUAUGUUUUCUUUUGCGAUGGUGCAGGAAAUUUGAACAUUUUAACAGUAUUACCCGUGUUAUCGACUUUAAAAAAAGUUAGGUAAAUAGAACAUUUUUCAUUCUGUUUUGGUUUCAGAUUACAAAUGGGAACCAGUCCUUGUAUUUUAUUUUGUUUUCAGAUGAUUUGCUUAAAGAGAUGAUGGUCCUUUGGGUGUUGUUUUUGAGGAUACGGUAAGAUUGUUUUUUUUAGUAAAGUUGGCAUCAUGUGUGCUUCAAAUUCUCUGGUUUGGUGGUGUCUGUCAUAACUCAUAACACAUAUACUGUUUUCAGGUCCAAGUGGGUUAUGAGACCAAGUUGGAAGAUGGUGGUUUGAUAAACAACAAGUCUGUAAUUUCUCUUACAACGAAAGGAGGCUCCUUGGUAUCUGGAAGACAGUACGGGUCGGGUGAAUGUAGUGAGAGCUCAAGAUGCUCUAGGAUUUGAUAAAACUCUAAAAGUGUAUGGAGAAAAGUCACUUGGUGAAUUCUUCGAAAGAAGAAGGCUCUUAGGUGCUCUAUGGGCAGGCUCUUAAUAUUGGUACCUCCAUGACUGUUGUUGGUGAGGCUGUUAGAGACAAAGCUGGUAAUCUCAUGAUUCAAAAAUCCAAAGAACAGUCUUUAAUGGUGUUCUGUGGAGAGAACUCCUUUGAUAAAAUGGUUGGAAACAUGAAGUCAAAUUCAGAGUUUUACAUUUUCUACUCCAAGAUCUUCGGAACUGUUGCUGUGGCUGUGGCCGUCGUGUACGGUGUGGAUUUUGUAAGAAAGGUUUUGUUACCAUUCGUGUGGAAGAAAAAGGACUUAGGUAACAACAACAGAUCAGAGAAUGAUAACUCAGACAGCGAAGAUACACAUCAGUGAUUUCUAGGACUCUGGCUAACGUCUCUCACUCAGGGAGAAGAAUUAGGCAACGAAUUGAUUUCGCGAGACACUUCUAAUUUAUGUUUAGGCAAAUCUUAACGUGUAUUUAAAUCUAAUCAUGUCUACAAUUGUUUGGUUAUGUUUGGUGAAACUUUUUCUACAUUUUUAUUACGUCAAACAUUAGUAGCUUGGA